AGAGAUUCCAUAUUUGGCUAGCAACUGCUGAUGCACAGGUAAAUGUGCUGUUGUUGCUACACAGAGACCAGGGCAGCUCAGGUGUUCUGUGCUUAAAUCACACUGGUUUUUAAGUAACUAUUUCCAGAAAAAGGACCUUCCAUCAGGAGAACUGACCACUGGUGUUUUCUUGCUGCAUUGAAAGGGAUCUUCUCAAGGAAAUAAUGCUCCAUUCAACAUUGGCCGUGUCCCUCCUGCUAAUUGCAGUCUCUUCCAAUCUGGCAAUGGCAAUUAAAAAGGAAAAAAGAGCACCUCAGACACUGUCAAGAGGCUGGGGAGAUGAAAUUACCUGGGUACAAACUUAUGAAGAGGGGCUUUAUCAAGCAAAAAAAAGUAACAAGCCACUGAUGGUAAUUCAUCAUUUGGAAGACUGUCAAUACUGCCAAGCACUGAAGAAAGCUUUUGCAGAAAAUGAAGAGAUACAGGAAAUGGCCCAAAAUAACUUCAUUAUGCUGAAUCUCAUGCAUGAAACCACAGAUAAAAACCUAUCACCUGAUGGACAAUAUGUGCCUCGAAUCAUGUUUGUAGACCCGUCCCUCACAGUAAGAGCUGAUAUCACGGGAAGAUACUCCAACCGGCUUUACACUUAUGAACCGCAAGACAUACCAUUCUUAAUAGAGAACAUGAAGAAAGCACUACGCCUCAUUCAGACAGAACUGUAAUCAACAACAGUGAAAUGGUCAUAGCCUCUACGAGGUGAAGCUGCACUAGGAAACCUAACAUUUUAAAAUGUUUUAGUUAACCUGUCUCUACUAGUAUUUUGAACUUUUACCAAGCAGCUUUGGUAUAUCAGAUUUCAUAAACAAUUUAUGUGUACAAUUUGAAGAACAAACAUAGAAAGACUAUGGUGUCCAUUUGGAAACCAGGAGGAGAAAUCUAUUAAACACUUUGAAAUUAGUUACCUGAAGAACUGAAAGUGAUGGUUUAAGGUGCAGCAGCUUUGAGCUGUAUUUUAUCAAUCCAAAUAUGACUUUCCUAAGUCAAUUAAGACUUCUGACUUACAACCAAUCUUUUUGGUGUCUAUUUACAAUUUAAGUUAAUAGCUGCA